AUGCUAAAACGAGCUCGAGCGGUGCAUUUGGCUAUCAACUUUGAAGCACUUUCACCUGGUCCCGAAAUGGGAAGUCCGUGGCAGCGUGUGGAGGCUGUUGACCAGUUCGUUGUCUUUAGACGUCCGUCUUCUGCGGACGCAAACGGUGCUCGCGUUCCUGUGCUUGAUGUAAUGUGUGAAGGAACACUUGAUGCCAGUAUUGAGGAGGUAGCUAGAGUUCUCCGGACGAGGUCUGAAGUCGAUAUUGCGAGCACAAUGCAAGGCCUUUACUCGAAAAACUUCAUUUUUGGAUCUUUUGACCGUGAUAUUCCAUGCUCGAUGAAACAACCUCAGCAAAAUGAAGACGAUUUGGAUAGUGAUACAAGUGAGCAGCUCAGUGUAAAGACUAUGAGCUUCACACGGUCGAACUUCUUUGGCCGGAAUGAGCAGUGGUGUUUCUCCGAUUUUUUUCAGCGAAAGAAAGAGCGAGAUGGGUUCACCAUUUCCCAGCGUGCGUUGCCAUCGAUGGAGCCAACACCGGGUCGAAUUCUAGGAAAUGAUGCUCGUGUUGAUCAGCUAUAUGGGUUAAAUGCGUCAUAUUUAGUUGAACAACUUCCAAACCGGGAAGGACUUCGUGUCGUGUACAAUACGUGGUUUGAAAGUGUGUCGAACAUGAAGUUAUCGACUGCAAGUAGCUGUAGUAGUGGGUCGAGUCGAAAGAGUGGACGGUUGCAUAGCUCUGGAUUGAAUGCGUUGUUAACCUCGAGUUCAUUAAGCUCGAUCGAUAAUGAGACAGCUAAAAAAGCCCAAUUGCGUCGGCUAUUGUCCCUUGCUCGAGGCAUCACCAAGCUUCCACAACUUAUCCGUCAUCGUCGAUUUGGGAUUCAAGUGCCGGCGGAUCUUGACGCUAUACAGGUAGCUAACACACGAUGUCCAUGCUGCACCCACAGCCUGGCUACAGUCAAACUGUCGCUGUCGAUGGCAGCUUCCGCUAUCGCAAAGAGAAGCUUUCGGUCACUUCAAAUAGACACGAGGAGAUGCUACCUUUGCGGAUAUUUCGUCUGUAUUAACUGCUGGUGUGCUGAGUAUAUGGAGAGCACAAACAGACGCGUGGCGGCCAUUGUGGUGUGUACGAGAUGUCAUGCUUGUGUUCAAACAUGCGAUUACUCGGAAGUUUGCUCGUCCGACAAUAAUAUUAAUCACCUCGGCCCAGUAAAGGUUGUCGAAGACAAGCCUGGCGAUUCUGCAGCCCCUUUGCUCACAUCUUUUCUCGAAGCUUCGUUGAUGAAUGCUUCUGCAGAUGGAAGUGAUCGUGCUGCCAUCCUCGGCGUUGUUCGAAUACUUCUCCGAGAAAGCAAAGCUAACUAUAUCAAAGGUGACAAUUUUUUAUAUGACGAAGGCCGUCACAGCGACCGCGAAAAUCAAAACGAUGUCGCUACCGUGGAAAGAUUUGGGAAAUUUAUGAGCGACAUAAACCAGUUACCAGCAUUAGAGUCUUGCGUGUUGGCCAGCGCAGAGCGGCGUAAUUAUUUGAUGGAGUUGUCGGACGAUCGGGCAACUAUGGUGCCAUCCAGUGUAAUUCCACGCCACGACACCUCCCGUCUUAAGGCUGCUAAUGACAAGGGCUUGUUGCUACUAGCAUACCAGUUAGCACCUCUACAUCCACCUGGAUCGUUUGAUAAAAUGUGCGAUGUUCGUGAUCUCGAUUUGCUCUGCCAGCUAGCAUUGCUUGCAACGGGAUGUACCGAUGCAUUUGUGACGGUCAUGGGUGUGCAGCACAACCACAUUCUAGCUGCUUCGAAUCCCGUUUUUCAACAUACUGUCAUUCCUCGAGAACAUGCCAUCUGCCAACACACUAUAUUGACUACUCGACCUUUUCUGGUAACGCACCCAGAAGCAGAUGUGCGUUUUCACAAAUUGGAAUCCGUCAAGGCGUUAUCAAUCCGUUAUUACGUCGGGUUUCCAGUGACAGUGCGAAUACUUGACGAAACUGGAGAAUCUGAGACCGAGAUAGCCGUGGGCACCUUAUGUUGCACUGAUCCAACUGCUCGUGCUGAGCUUACGCGCUCUCAAUACGCAACCAUGAAGCGUCUUUCAGACACAGCAUCUAGAUUGAUUCAACUAAAGGGGCAGCAACUUUUACGGCAAGUGAACAAGGAAUGA